AUGUCUGAAGCUAAAUACAAAGGUUAUUCAUCAUUAAAUUAUAUAGCUUUUAAUUAUGCUGGUUUUGCGUGUAUUUCAAUAGUUGUAUUUUUAACAGCAACUCAACCAUUCUAUAUAAAAGAAGUUAUUGGAAUUGAACCAAUAUUGGGCCAUAUUAAAGAUUCCAAAAUAGGUCAUAUAAUUGGAGGACUAGGCUUUUUUGAUGAGUUAAUUUCAAUGAUUAGUGCUCCUUUAUUAGGAACUUUAAAUGACAAAUUGAACACUUUGGGUUAUGGUGGAUCAAAACUAAUUCAAAGCUCAAGUUUAUUGGUUUUAGCAAUUGCUUUAUUUGGUUAUGCAAUAAUCAAUUCUCAUUUGAUACCUGAUAUGUUUAUUUUCAGAGGGAUAUUUGCCCUAGGAGUAACCGGAUGUAUGAGUAUGAUAACUGUUGUAUUGAAUGAAUUAUCAUAUUCUGAUUUUACAUUUGGAAAAUUAUUAUUUUGGAAACAGUCUGAUUAUCAAGCAAUACUGCUAAAUGGUAAUGAUAUAGAAGUAAAUGUUAAAAGGAAUGGGAAAUAUUCAGCAAUAAUGGGAAUUGCAACUGGAUUAGGUGCCAUAUUUUCCGUAUCAGCAUUUGUUACCUUACCAGUAAAAUUCCAAGACUGGUAUCCUGAAAUUGAUAUGAAAUGGAGUUUGAGAUAUUCAUAUUUAGUAGUUAUGGGAUUUGCUAUAUUGUCUGCUUUAUUUUUGUAUGCAUUUCUCUAUCAAGCAGAUUCAAAAGUUCAACAAGAAGAAUCUAGAGAGGAAAAUAAACCUUAUUUUGAAAUAUUAAAAGAUGGAUUUGAAUUUUCCAAAACAAAUAAGCAAGCUCAAUUAGCUUACGUUGGUGCAUUUGCUGCAAGAUCAACCACAGUAGCUACUUCAAUAUUUAUUCCAUUAAUGGUAUAUGAUUGGUAUUAUAAUAUUGGUGAAUGUGAAAACGGUAGUGGAGAUUGGGCUGGUAAAAUGACAUGUUAUGAAGGAUAUAUAUUUUCGGCUAUUUUGACUGGAGUUGCUCAAACAGUUGCUUUGAUUAGUGCACCACUAUGGGGUUAUUUAAUCGACAAUUCAAAAAUCGGGAAAUUUAGAACAUUAGCAAUAUCAAGUUUAGUUGGUGCAGUAGGAAAUUUUGGAUUAAGUUUAAUCAACACAAGUUUCAAUCAUUACGAUCCAAAAACUAUAGUUUGUUUCUUAUUUGUUAGUAUAAUUGGAUUAUCACAAAUUGGUUUAAUUAUUAGUAGUAUGAGUAUUUUGAGUGGGAUAUCAAAUGCUCAUCAAAUCAUGGGAUCGUUAAGUGGAUUUUAUAGUUUUUGUGGAGGUAUUGGUAUAAUGAUGAUUACUUUAGUUGGUGGAAUAUUGGCUGAUCAUUGGAUAGUUGGUCCAUUUUUUUUGUUGGGUUUGUUUAAUUUGACUUCUUUAGGGGUUUAUUUGACUUUCGUCAAGGAAAAUAAUAAAGUUAUAUCGAUUGGUGAUGAUUCGGAAGUUGAAAAUACUAAUGAAACGGCUUGA